AUGUCCACCGACACUGCACAGGGUACGACGAGCAACACCACCAACAACAACAACGGGAACGCAGCGACUUCGAGCACCACAACCACCACCAACGUCGAUCCCACCACAUCUCCCAUCCUGGCCUCCCCAACGGGUCAAGCGCGAACCAACCACGAGCUCGCGCAGCUCCUGGCGCAGGCCUACGCCGAGAUCGACGUCCUCCGUCGCGAACUGUCCCAGACGAAGCGGCGGGCAGACAAAGCAGAGCGACUCGCGACGACGCUCAGUGCUGCAGCAGAAAACACCAACGGAUCGUCCUCGUCCACGCCCGUCAUCUCCGAGGCUGCCGCUCGGAUUAUCCGCGACCUCGAAGAACGCAUCUCACUCGCCGAGCAUGCCCGCGACGAAGCCGAGUCGCGACGGCGACUGCUAAUCGAGCAGUGGAGUACCGUGGAGAGUUAUCUAGGGCAUCUGGAGUACAAAGCGCAGGAGACACGGGCGAAUUUUGGGCGGGUGUUGAAAGAAGGAGGAGUAGUUGGAGGAGGAGUUGUGGCAGGUACGCUUCAGAGUCUCCCGCCGAUGCCUCCGCCGUCUGUGCCGUCCUCAUCAAAGUCUUCUCGACAUCGCCAAGGUCAUAACCACGUCUAUGCCCCCGUUUUUCCGCCAGCUGCACCCGGCCUCAGGCGUCCGCGGACACCGAGCCUCGAUUCCGCGUAUCCGCCACCCAAACGAUCACGAGGAAACGAUGAUACAAGAGAGCCUCGUGUCUCUUACAACAACGAACCCGUGGUGCACGGGCUACCACCCCAUCCGAGCGACCCAUCGUACCACCGCCAGCACCCGCCGAUUCGCGUCAUCCAGACCGGCGAAAAGCAUGCUGGUCGCCCGAGCCACUCUCGGUCUUCUAGCCGAUCCAGCGCAAGCUCAAUGGACGUCGACGAGAUGCUUCUCCGCACGACCACCGAUGACCGCUCUGCUUCUCAGCCCAACGGCGCCGGCGCCGCCUCCGCCUCCCCACACCCACACCCGGCCUCGAUCAACCCGCUACACCACAUCCAGUCCUCCCAUCGUUCGAGACACUCGAGAUCUCAACCGCGAUCCGGCGUCCCGUUAUCCGAGUCCGAGUACCAGCAACAGCAGCAGUAUCCGCGAAGAAUCGAUACAUACCCCGCGUCACAAUCCAUCCCACUUCGAAAGGAGCAUACCGUUCAAUCGCCGGCUCAACUGCAAACUUAUCAAACUCAUAUCUUUGCGCCUCCCGUCACGGGCGCACCCAUCAAAAAGAGCAAGUACUCGAGUGCCAAUCUCGCUGCUCACGGAAGUGUAGUCGGACUAGAUUCGCAGUCGCCGAAUGCGCCACCUGUUCCUGCAUUCCCAGCUACGAAUGCCCAGGGUCAGCGGAUAUGCCGGCAGUGUGGCCAAGCUGGGCGCUACAAGGAUGGCAAGUGUGUGGAAAAGUGGGGUCCUGGCCCGCUAGGUCCUGGAACUGUCUGUGAUCGAUGUCGCAAGAAGAUGAAGCGCGUAGAGAGGCGGGGUACACUUGAAGCUCAGCAGCAGGCGGCGCAAGCGCAGCAAUUGGCUGCUGCUGCUACGAUGAGCAGUGUGUCGCAGUCACAACAACACCAUGAUGUGAGGAGUUUGCAGAGGACGGAUACGAUUCCUGCGAAUGCGUCGCCGACCACGAGUGCGAGGGAGAAGCCUGGUUCAUCUGCGACGACUUCGGCUACAACGACGACGGCGGCGGCGGCACCGGCAACGUCAUCGUCAGCGGCGAAUAACCCCCCGAAAGUGUCGCACGUCCGUACUGCGGUGUCGGGUGCUGAUGCAGGUGGGGCCCGCUCCGGGUCUCGAAGUGCGCCCACAACGAACGGGAACCCCUCUUCUUCGUCGUCUUCGCUUGCGAGGUCGAGUUUGCACCAUGGGUCUGCGAGGUCGGCUGCGCACCACCCUCCUUCAACCUCUUCAUCGCAUGCUGCGACGUCCUCUUCGAGACCGCACCCCAGCAACAACACGGGUAGUGCAGGAGGUGGAAAUCAGGACCGGUCCCCACCGAUUGCGAUUGCGCAUACGCGUUCCCCGGUGGAUGUUACGAUGACUGAUUCGGAUGCUGAUGCUGAUGCGGAGGCUGAAGCUGAGGCUGAGAUUUUGGGUGCUGUUGAGGCUAGUAGUAGCGCUAACCACACCACCACCACUGCUCCUUCCGCGGGUACGAUAACGGGGAAGGAUGGGGCUGGACGUGGGUAUGUGGGUGGAGCGGGGAAGAGUGUUAUCCCCGGAGGAGGGGGAGGAGGGAAGAGUGUUGGUCCGGGAGGACGGAUUGUUGCGUACCCUGGAGGAGUAGGAGUGGGGGUAGGCUCGGACGGGGACGGGGAUGGGGAUGGGGAGGACGAGUUGCUUGAUGAGCUUGGAGAUGCGGAGGGUGAUGUUGAUGCUAUGGAUGCGGAUGGGGAGAGGGAUGGCUCGGGGUAUAGAGAUGGGGAUGGGUAUGGGUAUAGAGAUGGGGAGAGGGAUAGGGAUGGCUAUGGGGAGAGGGAUAGGGAUGUGGAUGCUGAUGGAGAUGGGGAAGGAGAGGUGGAAGGAGAAGAUGGGGAUGCGGAAGCUGAGCUUUUGGAAGCUGUUGAUGCUGCUGAGAGGAAUAGUAGUGGUGGGAGUAGUCGGGGUGUGUGA